AGCGGCUGCAACGUGCGGUCGCUUUCGAGCAAAGAUUCACUGUAAAUAGAGCUUAGUACAAAAGACUUUUUGGCCACAAACUGUGUUUUUGUUUAAAACUGACAGUGUUUUUUAUUUGCUGUGUGUGAAAAGUGACAUUGGAUUUAUUGGUGAUAAACAUUUGUGACGCUGUGUUGCUAUCAUCACAAAAGCUGAAGUUGUUUUCAAGUUUGGAUGUCAUAGAUUAAGAUGUUACUACACUUGGCUGAUCUCGAAGACUGAUUAAAAUGUUUAAGAAGACUACAAGGAAAUGAUCGAUUAAUGAAUAUCCCCAGGACGGACUCGUUACAAGUCCUCGUGGGAGUACAAACAGUGCGAUGACUACUGCGAUGGCAGCUCACCAGGACUCUAUACAUGAGAGACUACAACCGGCGCCCGAAGAACCCCUCUACCUUCACCAUGGCACGGCAUCUUGGCCUGAACCAUCCGACCACCAAGAGGAACAUAGCACAGAUAUGUCCCCAUACUACAAUAUGCCUAAACGGAACAAGAGAAAGAAUUUUAAGCCAAGAUGUGCACCUAAUGCUACCGCGUACUCUGACGACUCAAACGGUGAAAACUGUGAUGAGUCAGCUAGUCCAAUUAACGGUAAUGAUAGAACAUCGCCAGAACAAAGAGUUGACGAUGAGAAAGAAGAGGAAUAUUCUAAAAUCGGAGUAAAGAACUUUAGUCUUCUCAAAGGAGGUGCUGUUGAUCUCAGUAGAAGGUUAAGCAUCGAUUCCAAUGAGAAUAUAGAUACAAAUUACCAAAAUAGGUUACCUGAUGAAAAGAAGGUCGAUUCCUUUCAGCGUUCUUAUAUACAUAGUUUACAAAUCAAUCAAGAAGCUGAGAGAGAUCAAACUGUAUUAAAUUUUAGUAGUCUACAAAAUAAAACGUUCUGUGCCAAAAACCCUUUUGCUAUAUCACAAUUAAUUAAGACUAAUUCGCCCCCAAGAAGAAGGGAGUCUGAAUCUGAUGAGGAUAAAGGUCAGGAUAUAAAUGCUAAUGAUAGACUGGAAAACCAAGAGCCUAUGGAUGUUAGUGAAACGCAACAAAAUGGUGAUACAUCAAAUGCGACGAACAGAAUCUUACGGGACUAUGCCAUGAAUACAAUGAAGGAAUUAUUGGGAAUAUAUGGGUUAUCUUCGAAUGAAGUUGCUGAUGCCAUAAGUGGGCAGAUUAGAGUAUUGGAAGCACUUCAAGGAAAACCAUUUGCCCAACUUCCUUUAAGCCUAAAAAGACGACACGAAUCAAGUAUGGAAGAUGGAACAGAAAGAAGUAUCAGAAGAUCAUCAUCAGCAACAGAUGAUGAGGGUUCCACAAAUAUUACCCCACCUAAAAGUCCCGAUGAAAUGGAAGCUCAGAGACAAAGAGCUCUACAAAUUAUUAACCAGCAGUCAAUGCGGUUAUUUGGCAGAUCUCAAGCUCAAGAAGAAGAAGGCAGUGGUUCUGACGAUGGAGACCAGACCCUUGACUUGAGCGUGUCAAGAGAUACUGACGGACAGGAACAGUCAGCAACCUCGAGUGCAGGCAACAGUGUAUCAGAAUUUGAUCAGCAAAACAUGCUUAUGAGAAAAAACCUGGAGGAUUUAGCAAACUUACAAAUGCAGGGUUUCUUUCAAAAACAAUCAUCAAUGGAAGCUGAUGAUUCACAAGAGAGAAAAUUGCAGGCCAGUGGUUUAUUAUCGGCGUUGAAUCAACUGGACCAAGCUCGAAAGAAUUCGCUUCAAUCCACAGUUGACUACUCCAGAUACGUCAAGAGGUACAGUUCAACACUGGAAUGUGGCUCGUCAUAUUGCAAAGAUCUGGGCUACCGAGAGCAUUUCCAUUGCAUGGACUGCACCGCCAUGUUCUGCAAGAAGGAAGAGAUGAUCAGACACUUCAAGUGGCACAAGAAACGCGACGAGUCUCUAGCUCACGGCUUCAUGAGAUAUUCUCCACUUGAUGAUUGUUCAGAGCGAUUCAGCGAUUGUCCGCAUAACAGAAGCCAAACUCAUUACCACUGCAUACAAGAAGGCUGUGAUAAGGUUUACAUAUCAACAUCAGAUGUACAAAUGCACGCCAAUUACCACCGAAAAGACUCUGCUAUCCUCCAAGAAGGUUUCCAAAGGUUCAGAGCAACAGAAACCUGCGCUGCCCCUCACUGUGUCUUUGCUGGACAGAGGACGACUCACUUUCAUUGUCGAAGACCUGGCUGUACCUACACUUUCAAAAACAAGGCUGAUAUGGAAAAACACAAAACCUACCACAUAAAAGAUGAAGCCCUCUCGAAAGACGGCUUCAAGAAAUACAUGAAGAAUGAAGCUUGUCCAUACAGAGACUGCCGAUUCAGUAGAACAUGCAAUCACAUCCACUGCAUCCGGCCUCAUUGCAACUAUGUACUGCAUUCUAGUAGCCAGAUCUUCACUCAUAAACGAAAGCACGAAAGGAAGGAGCAGGAAAUGAGUUUUGGACUUCCAACAUCAGUGAUUCAAAGUGCUCUGAUGCAGCAAGGUGCAGACCUUAGCCUAUACUCGCCUGGAGGUAGUUUACACGUGGAAGAUGACAUGUCUAAUCCUAUGAUGGAUUCAGAUUAUGCACAUCCAUUCAAUGCAGCAUUGGUUGAAGAAGUGUCACGAAAGUACAUAGAAACAUUUAAUGGCGGCAAAGAAGCCGAGGAUAAGUGCAGCAAAUGUAGCGCUUUCAAUAAGCACUACCAUUGCUUAGCUGAUGGAUGCAAAAUGGCUCACAGCUGCCACACAACAAUGGUUAAGCAUGUAAUGGAACACGAACAACAAAAUCAAGUGACCGAAGCAUACUUUGUGAUGUACACGCGAAGCAAUCCCUGCGGAAACUCAGCCUGUCAGCAUAUUAGGGAUAUAACGCACUAUCAUUGCACAUGGGAAAAUUGCGGUGCUGUCAUUCUCUCUUCAGAAGAGCAUCCAUUUAGACGUCUGGAACACCACCGUCAGCAUGCAAUACUCAGUCCUAUGUCACCGAACUUAGCGGCGAGAUUCGCACCGAACUUCACGCCACAACUUUCAGCUCAGUUACACCCCAACAUGGCGGCUCAGCUCGGUCAAGUGCCCAAUAUACCAAAUCUGCCGCCAAACUUGGCCCAGUUAGCCCAAAUGGCGCCAAGUCUCACAUCUCAGUUGAAUCCGAAUUUGCAAGCUCAAUUAAAUCUUGGCCCAAAUCCUAAUGUAAUUCCACAACAAGUGAACCCGUCAAGUUCCUUAGAUGAAAUGUUUAGUAGAAAACGGGGAAGGCCACCAAAGAAUAGAGUUGUUGAAGUCUGGACUGAUAAUGUCACCCCUCAGGCUAUAUUCACAUCGUUCAAAUUGCCAAAGAGCAAUCAAAUGCCGGCCGCAGUUCAAUCGCCUGUUAUAACUACGCUCGAGGAGUUUCCGCGAAUAAAAUUCCAACACUUCGAAGUUUUCACAAGCCCUGACUCUUGUACUCAGUCGUACCCCAACUGCCAGUUAAGGAUGACCAGACUUCAUUUACACUGCUUUAACUGCAGUUUCGUUGGCGAAAGUCAUAUUAUAAUGGAGACCCACAUGAGGGACUGCCACUCUGUUGCACCUUUGCUAGAAGGCUUCGACUACUACUCGUCUUAUGACCAGUGUGGCGGUAAAAGUUGCUUCAAAAACCAACUCAGAUCUCACUUCCAUUGUGCUCAAGGAAACAACUGUCCAGCAAUUUUAACACAAUACUCAGCAUUAGCUACGCAUAAGCAUGGGCGAGGCACUCCAAUUAUUAAAAGUGAGGACCAAGAAAAGUCUUUUGAGGAAGCCAAAGAUUAUUCAUUGAAAGAACGCGCCUCUGUUGAUAGCGUCUGCUCUGUGAAGGAACCAACAGAAUCAUACACACCAACAAAUUUUUCAAUUAAAAGCGAAUUUGAUAGAGACCAAGAUAAUGUUUCGGUAGUAAAAGCUACGGGAACCUUCUACCCAUCUUCUCACCUCCGGAGCAACACCUCAUCACCAUCACCUAGGAGUAUCUAUGACGCAUCACCUUCAAAGGAAAUGAAAUUACGAAUGGACUACGACAAAAAACCUUACGAACAAAAACCAUCAGGGCCAACUAUCCCACCUUCGUGCCAUGACCAAACAUGUGCACUGAAUAAGAACGCUGGAGGAAUGAAUCUGCAUUACCAUUGUCCUCAUUGUGGACAAGCUUACGUUGACUUGAAGCUUCUCUUCAGUCAUAUGGUCAAGAAACAUAGUAACACUAUGGAUUCUGGACCUGUCGGAUUAGCUGCUACUAAGGAGACUCUCGAACGAGAAUAUCCAGAGAUCUCGAUACUGCCAUCAACUGCGACAUCCACCUCAUCAUCUAGUCAAAUGCCAUCGCCCAGUCAGAGACCACCAAAUCCUGCUGAACAAGUACAAGCAGUCCAAAGUCUUCUAUUGCAACAGUAUUUAGCUGGAGGACGUAAGGGCAGUUUGCAAGAACAAUUAAAAAUGCAACAGCAAUAUACCGCAUCUUUAGCUGGCUUGCCAGGACUUGCACAAGUUGCUCUCUUCUCGCAAGGCGGUUCCCCCUUCCCUCUCUACCCAACGAUGCUGUAUCCACCCGAGUUGCUUCUAGAACAGAGUCUCCUUCAAGGACAUGGACUACCACCAGGCUUGGAUAAGGAAGCUGAAAUGCUGGCUAAGACCAGGCGUACACACACCACUCGCGGUCCUCACAUGAGGGUGCUGAAAGACGAGCCGAUCCCUGAGGGCUACUUGAGGUUCAGAUUCAACGAGGACUGCGCAUAUCAGCACUGUGGAUACAGGGAGCAUCAAACUCACUUCCAUUGCACAAGAAAAGACUGCGGAUAUUCCUUCUGUGACAAAACGAGAUUUGUGCAGCACACCGCUAGACAUGAGAGGUUAGACACACUUAUGGGAGGCGAUUUUCAGCAGUACCGCGCGAACGUAUACUGCCAACGACCCGAGUGUCCACAUGCAUCUACUUUCGGUACUGGUCAAAACAAAGCGUCUCAUUUCCACUGUUUGAAGUGCGAGUUUGUAUGCACCGACACCAAUAAAGUUGUCGCCCAUCGCCGCCAGCAUCAGAAGUUGGAUACCAUACAAGCAGCUGGCUUUGAAAAGUUCCCACCUAGUAAAGGUUGUGGCUACGAGCCUCAAUGUAUCCACAGCAAGAAGCAAACCCACUAUCAUUGCCUCCAAUGUGGUUCCGCAGUUCUCGGCUUAUCGCAAAUGACCUCGCACAAGUACAAACACCAGGAGGCCAACAUGGGCCCCUCCACUAGUGGUACGAACUGACGAGACAUGUACAUAACAAUUGUAAUCUCGUCCACAAAUGAUAUUGGACUCUCUGUAUAUAGCCUUAGAGAUAGUUUUGUAAUGUUUAUAAAGUAACACGAGUUUGACAUUCAAAAUGGACAAACCAAAGUUAAUGGGGACUUUUCCAGCGUUUGACGUAUGAUCUGAAAUAAUGUUACAUUUAUAUGAAAUUGUAACAUUUUUUGAACUUUUUUUUAUAAAAAAAAAAAUCAAAUUUUUGGUAACCCAUUCGCUACAAUCUAUUACAGACAAUAUUAUAAAAUGGAUAUAGAGUGACAUUGAAAAACUUAGAGUGACUGCCUAAAAAUAAUCUCGACAGAAUAUAAUAAAACUAUGUUUUUUGUAAAUGAAAUCAUGACUAUUUUUAUACAUGUGCCCCUCAAAAAGUGUGCCUUAAUCUAUACUGAUGAUCGAAAGUACACGCAAAAUUGAGUCAACAGUCAUACAAGACUGUACGACUCAAAAUAGUACUGCAAGACUUUAGAGUUUACGAUAUAUAAGAUUUGUACGGACGAUGUGGCAAAAAAAUGUGCCAAAAUAAAAUGUUGACUUUUGAAAUUUUAUACCCUAUUGUAAUGCAUAUAAGAUGCAAAAUCCCUUGCAAAAGAUAAUUUGUAGAAAUAUGAUUUAUUAUAUAGGUAUAAUAUUAUGAACAAACAAAAGAAUUUAACAUUGUGAAAUAAGAAAUAUAUGCAAGUGCAUGACAUUAUAUAUAAAAAAAAAAGUGUGUAUUUCCUAAAUCCCGACCAAUUGUAGGCGUUAGUUUAUAUUAAAUGUUUAUAUUUAUUACUUCCCAAUGAGAAAAGACAUUUUUACGAAUAGUAUUAUUAAUUUAGACUUCGUAAAUUAAAAAAAAAAGGCAAUAAAAAUUGGAGUGAGUACACCAUUUUGUGCCUGGAAGUUUAAACAUGACAAUAUUACACUUUGUGAUAGUUUCUGAUAGUAAUUACGUCACAACUAUCAUACAAUUUUAUUCAUACUAUAAAGUUCAUAAAUCAUCAUAAAACAAAAACUAUCAGAAAAUAUCUCAAAUAAUUAUCUACUAGGAUUACAAACAAAAAGUAUAUUUAAUGAAAAAAAUAUUUAAUAAAUUUGUCAAUUCUAUAAACAAAAAUCAUUGUAAAUAAGAAUAGAUUAUUAUAUUAUAUAUAUAAAAAAAACUGUAAGUUAAUAAAAAUAUAAUUGUUAACGGAUAUUGGUAUAAAUUAUAUUGUAUAAAAAAAAAUCUCAAUUGGACAUUAGUGUACAGGAAAUCGAGUGCUAACGUUUGUGAUUCAUGAGGUAGCCAUAAAAAUGCCAUAAAUUCAUACGUUUAUAAGUAAAUUUAAUUGUUUUUAAUCCUAAAUUCUCAUUAGCAACAGUAUUAGUCACCGUUUAUAUCCUAGAACCUUUUGCAUUCCUGUUAUAUUCCUGGCGGCCGUUGCGAAUCGUUCCAUUUAGUUAUAGAAAACGGUCGUCGACCGUUCUAGCGACCAAAAUCGUAUUGUACCCUAUUCCUAGCUUUUAUCAGUAUUCUAUAGCAUAUAAGCACUGUCCCGUUGUUCCUAUUAUGUUUUAUUAACAUUUCAACUAGUAUCAUUUCAAAAAUUAAAUAAUUCUGUGAAAAAGUAAAUCUGUUUUUUUUUUUUCUGUAUCGGUGAUAGUUGACGAAUCAUUUAUUUCACAAUUUGUUUUUAUUGUAAUUUCUUUAUAAAAACAUUGUAUACGAUAAUUAUCUAAUUAGUCUAUAAUUACUGUCUUUUAUAUGAAACUUUUCUAAAUAGCCCGUGCCAUAAAUUUAGUCACAAUACGAAGUUGAAACAACAACUUCGUUUUCUAGUAGUUGUUUUUUUCUCUCUCUUCUCUCUCUUUUUAUACUCAAAUUUGUGUAUCUCUAUGUCUACAAGUGCAAAUACUGGAUAGGUAUCGAAUCUUUUCUUAUAUGAAUCACACUAAAAUUAUGCCUAAAUGAUUUUUAAAAUAUAAGUGAUAUAAACAUAAGUAUUUUUAUAUUUUCCCAGGGAAACGUACGAUUGCAAUAAAAAUUAAAAUCUUUCAUUUAUUGGUUGUUAUACAUUCUUUGUUUUGUUAUCUAAUUUUAUGUACAACGUUUUUUUUUUUAUUUUCGAACUCUUUUAAGUUUUUCACCUUUCACAUAUCUUUCUUUUUUAUUAUGAGAAAUAAAAAAUAAUUUAAUCGCGUAUUUAUGUGUAUUUUAGCAUACGUAGCUUUAAUUUAAGAUUUUAUGAAUUAAAAAAAAAAGAUAGUAUUUUUCCCCCGAAUGUACACGUAUAAGUACUUUGUCCACGAGUAUUAUGAAUUGGAGUGUUUUCCACAUUUUUUUUUUAAUAAAAAGUAUUGUGUGUACGAUAUAAAAAAUGUAAUGUUGAUGAAUUCACUCAAAGUGCGUAGUGGUUGAAUGUAUACAAACCAUAUCUACAGUUUGUUAUGCAAAACAAUUGGUAUCAUAUAUGGAAAUAGCUUAGUAUUGUUUACCUCAUGAGUUCUAGGUAUUAAACGAAAAUAUUCAAACG